AUGGAUCUGGAUUGGGCUUUAUGGGUUGAUCAACUUAAUCUGAUUACUCCUGACAGCACCGCUGAGGAAAAGGAGUUUGAAAGAUGGGAUCGAUCAAACCGUAUGAGGAUGUUGGUUACGGAACAGGCUAUUCUAGAGGCUUUUCAGGGCACUAUGUCUGAUGAGAUCAUAACAGGUAGAGAUUUUCUUCAUUCUCUAGAACAACGUUUCAUCAGAAGUAAUAAGGUCGAGGCAUGUACACUUCUGUCGACUCUUGUUUCCAUAAGGUAUAUGGGAAAUGAAAACAUUAGAAAGCACAUAAUGGAGAUGUCACAUGUGCAUGCAAAACUCAAAGCACUUAGAGUGGAAUUGUUAGAAGAAGUAAUUAUGUACUUUGUUUUAAUUUCUCUUCCACCACAGUUUAAUCAUUUUAAGGUGACAUACAACUGUCAAAAAGAAUCCUGGAAUCUGAAUGAACUCAUUUCACAUUGUGUUCAAGAGAAGGAAAGACUCAAGUUUGAGAGGACAGAGAGUGCUCAUUUAGCAGUGAUCUCAAAGAAUAAGAACAACAAGAAAAAGCAAACAG